AUGGCUGGUGAAAAAGGAAAAGUUCUCCUCGCUUACUCUGGUGGUCUUGAUACCUCUUGUAUCUUGGCUUGGUUGAUCGAGCAAGGCUAUGAAGUGAUGGCCUACAUUGCCGAUGUUGGUCAGGAAGAAGACUUUGAAGCUGCCCGUGAAAAGGCCUUGAAGGUCGGUGCCACCAAGGUCUUUGUUGAGGAUCUCAAAGAAGAAUUCGUCAAGGAGCAGAUCUUCCCUGCUAUCCAGGCCAACGCUAUCUACGAAUCUGUCUAUCUUUUGGGUACCUCCUUGGCCCGCCCUGUCAUUGCUCGCAAACAAAUCGAAAUCGCUGCCCGUGAAGGUUGCCAGUUUGUGUCUCACGGCUGCACUGGUAAGGGUAACGAUCAAGUCCGCUUCGAAUUGGCAUACUACGCCUUGAAGCCCGACAUCCAAGUCAUUGCUCCCUGGAGAUUGCCUGAAUUCUUCGAACGUUUCGCUGGUCGAAAGGAUCUUCUCGCCUUCGCUGCUGAGAAGGGUAUCCCUGUCGUUCAAACUGCUGCCAAGCCCUGGUCCACCGAUGAGAACUUGUUCCACAUCUCCUAUGAAGCUGGUAUUCUCGAAGACCCGAAUGUCACUCCUCCCAAGGAUAUGUGGAAGCUUACUGUUGAUGCCGAGGAUGCUCCUAACACUCCCGAACGUAUCACCAUUACCUUUGAAAAGGGUAUCCCCGUCAAGGUCGUCAACCACAACGACGGUACCGAAGUUACUGAAGCCGUUGAGCUUUUCACUUACUUGAACACUGUCGCUCGUCGCAACGGUAUCGGUCGCAUUGAUAUUGUUGAAUCUCGUUUCAUCGGUGUCAAGUCUCGUGGUUGCUACGAAACCCCCGGUGGCACUAUCUUGCGCACUGCCCACAAGGAUUUGGAAGGUUUGACCCUCGACGGUCACUUGCGUGCUCUUCGCGAUCAAACCAUCACUGUCCCCUAUUCCCGCGCAUUGUACAACGGUCUUUACUUCUCCCCCGAAUGCGAAUACUUGGCUCAGUCCAUCGCCUUCACUCAGCGUAACGUGACUGGUGAUGUCAAGUUGAAGUUGUAUAAGGGUAACACUGUGAUUGAGGGUCGCGUGGCUCGUGGUGACGGUGCCAAGUUGUACGAUAUGAAGGAAUCCUCCAUGGAUGAACAGGGUGGUUACAAUCCUCAGGAUGCCGAUGGUUUCAUCAAGAUUCACUCUAUCCGUCUCAAGAAGUGGACUCCUUUGCAAUAG